UCAUCAGUGAGGAUGUGACCGCUGUCCCGGGUUAAGCCGGGACUGGCCUUUGGGGACGUGGUCACGCAGCCCCAGGUCGGAAGGCAGACGCCUGCGGUGAAGAGUUAUCUUGGACUGGCAAUGAGAAGUGAGGGGUCCGUGAGGAUCUGUUUUGAUAAAGUCUCCCUGUCAUGGGAUCACUCACUUCCUCCGAACCAGUUCAGUCCUGUCUGUAUGACUCCUCCUGGAACUGAGGAAAAUUUACCAGGUAUCUGUUCUUUUAGAGGAGAGCAGAAAAUGAUGAAAUCCCAGGGCUUAGUGUCAUUCAAGGAUGUGGCUGUGGAUUUCACUCAGGAGGAGUGGCAGCACCUGGACCCUGCUCAGAGGACCCUGUACAGGGACGUGAUGCUGGAGAACUACAGCCACCUGGUCUCAGUGGGGCACCCAGUUUCCAAACCAGAUGUCAUCUCCAGGUUGGAACAAGGAGAAGAUCCAUGGAUCAUUAAGGGAGACACAUCACAUUGGAUUUAUCCAGACAAGAAGAGUAACCUUGACAACCCUCAAUCAUGUAUUUUGGGGUCUUUUUCCUUCCAUAAUAAGUCACUGAAAGGAGUCACAAAGGAUGGUUCAUUGUACUCCAUUUUAAAAGUAUGUCAAGGUGAUGGCCAACUGCAGAGAUGUCCAGAAAACCAAGACAGACUUUUCAGUCAAGUGACAGUUAUCAGUAACAAAACAGUGACUGUGGAGUCAGGCCAUAAAUAUAAGGCAUUGGGGAAAAUGUGUCAAGAGUUUGUAGAGACAGAUUGUUCAAGAAAAAGACCCCAUAACCACGAUGCAUUUAAGAAGUACUUGAAAUCUAAUAUUGAUGUACCUAGUUGUAAUGAGAUUGGUUCAAGAAAAAUUCCUGAUGAGAGUUUUCGAUGUGGAAAAUCAUCUAGCCAUGAUGUGUCCAAUUCUAAUCUUGAGAAAAUUCAAAAUGGAGUGAUACCCUGUGAUGGUAAAAACAUUUUGAACAAUAAACAAUCCCUUAUUCAUUAUAAGAAUACCGAAACUAAAGAGAAAACCUGUGUAUGUGUUACAUGUGGAAAAGGCUUUGCUAAGAAGUUACAGCUUAUUGUACAUCAACGAAUUCAUACGGGAAGGAAACCAUAUGAUUGUGGUGCAUGUGGAAAAACCUUCAGUGAGAAGUUUCAUCUCAUUGUACAUCAGAGAACUCAUACUGGGGAGAAACCUUAUGAAUGUUCUGAAUGUGGAAAAGCCUUCUCUCAAAAAUCAUCUCUCAUUAUACAUCAGAGAGUUCACACUGGGGAAAAACCAUAUGAAUGUAGUGACUGUGGGAAAGCCUUCUCCCAGAAAUCACCCCUCAUUAUACAUCAGAGAAUUCACACUGGAGAGAAACCUUAUGAAUGUAGAGAGUGUGGGAAGGCCUUCUCCCAGAAGUCACAACUGAUUAUACACCAUAGAACUCAUACUGGAGAGAAGCCAUAUGAGUGUGCUGAAUGUGGGAAAGCCUUCUGUGAAAAGUCCCACCUCAUUAUACAUAAAAGAAUUCACACUGGAGAGAAACCCUACAAAUGUGUUCAGUGUGCGGAAGCCUUCAGCAGAAAGACGGAACUCAUCACACAUCAUUUAAUUCAUACUGGGGAGAAACCUUAUGAAUGUACUGAAUGUGGGAAGACCUUCUCCAGGAAGUCACAGCUCAUCAUACAUCAGAGAACACAUACUGGAGAGAAACCUUAUAAAUGCAGUGAAUGUGGAAAGGCCUUUUGUCAGAAAUCACAUCUCAUUGGACAUCAGAGAAUUCACACGGGAGAAAAACCUUACAGGUGUACUGAGUGUGGGAAAGCUUUUUCUCAGAAGUCCCACCUGCCAGGACAUCAGCGAAUUCAUACAGGAGAGAAACCUUACAUAUGUGCUGAAUGUGGAAAGGCCUUUUCUCAGAAGUCAGACCUUGUUUUACAUCAGAGAAUUCAUACCGGGGAAAGACCCUAUCGGUGUGCUACAUGUGGGAAAGCCUUCAUCCAGAAGUCACAACUCACGGUGCACCAGCGAAUUCAUACCAGUGGUAAAAUAAUAAUGAACUGAAUACAGAAAAGCCUUUAGUAUUAGCUCAAGCCUUAAGAAAUACUAGAACCCUGAGUCAAUUUAUAUGUUUGUGGAAGACAUCAUUAUACACAAAAUUUUACAGGAGAAUUCAUGUCUGUAGUGUGAUGAUAAUUCAGAAAAGCUGAUGGAAAAUUCAAUCAAUGUGGCAUGUAAAGCUUUUAAACUUAUUAACUGAAUGGUCAGUAGAACAAAUUAUAUAUACAGAGUGAUGUCAAGUUACAUAUUCCUUAUUAUAGCACAUAACAAUAACAUGACAUUGCAAAAUUGCUAAUAUUAGCUUAUCAUAAUUUUGACCGUACACCCAUACUCUAUAAAGGACACGAAGAAAGCUUGAGUUAAAAAAAAAAAAAAUCAACGUUUAGAAAUUACAUUGUAAGGAGGGUCCUAGCAUGACCUUUAAAGAUAUAUGUAAAAUUCUUGUACAAAGAUGGAAAGAUAGGUUACUCAAAUUCAAUAAAGGUUAUGUUUAUGUUUUCCCAUAUCAAUUCAUAUAAGUUGACUUGUAUCUCUGGAUGAAUUCUGGACCUUGAAAUUGAUGUUUCUUGACCAGGUCUCCCCUUUACUCUCCCUCACUGGGAAUGUGGAGUGGUAGAAAGACUUUGGUGCAGAACCAUAUGGUCUUGGGUUUAAAUCCUGGCUCAACUAUUUACAGAUUAUGUGACUUCGGGCAAGCCUG